AUGCGGAUGCUACUUUUUUCGUUAGUAGCGUUGAGCGUACAACAACAAUGGGAACCCUCACGGUAUCCGAAUCCACGAAAAGGAGGAUUUAAACAAUGCAACAUGCGGUCGGUGAGCAACGUCUGCGAUCCGGACGAGGUACUUGGGAUCCAAAACGAAAAUAUCUUAACAAGAAGAACAAUUCCAGCAUUUCUACUCAGGCAUAGGCUUAGGCAUACAGUUGUUAGCUCGAUCACCAAAUUCGCUAACCAGGCAUUCUACCUCACCCUUCCAGUUAAACUGACACCAAACUUACUUGAGAUAGAGUAUCAUUUUUGCUUAGCAAAUCAACCAUUUUCAUGUGAUAUUGUUAAGGUUCUAAAUGAGGCAGAUCGAUACCGUCUAAAUAACGAACUACAGCGAAUCUCGGCUCGAACUGAAAGCGGAAGCAGUUCUUAUUGUGGUCGUAAAGGUGUGGAUGCAGUAAUGGCAAUAGUGAGGCAGGUUGGAACCUCUAUAAAACGAAUGCCGCCAUGA